CUCGUAUUAGUUCACAGGGUCGUGGGAUGAGUUAAUAGGCUCUAAACACACCCUUGUAUAAAACGAUCGGGUCUGUUUGCUGCGAGAGUUGCGUCGGUAAGAUGGACAAUGUCAAACCGUUGAGAUGGUUGACGUUCAACCUUCUGAUAUGGCAUGUUGCAUCUAGUAUUGAUAACAUAGACAUACCACUUCGACUGAUAGAAUGUUUCUCGGAAUGGGCAAAAAGGGAGAACCUCACUAACAUAGCUGGCCAGUCUGUGCUACACACAUGUAUGUCAGGUUAUCUGUGGGAGACGGGAAUGGAGAGAUGGAGCCCAGAUAUUGACCCAGACAUUUCGAAGUACAUCUCGGAAGACGUGGCGGAGAGGAUCAAUCGAUUACGUGAAACAAGAAGCACGGACGCCACGACCGCUUCGCCAUACAGAAACCUCCGCGUCCGCAAAGAGUACCGCAUGUUAACUGACAAGGAAAGACGGAAAUAUCACAGGGCGGUGAAAGCUCUUAAACAAGAUAAGAGACUGAAACCGAACACAUUCGAUGCUAUUGCUAAUUACCACAACGCGAAAGUACAGAAUUCUGCGCACGGAGGACCUAAUUUCCUAGGAUGGCAUCGAAUUUAUCUCAUGAUGUAUGAAGACGCACUUAGAAGAAUGGACCCUGACGUGACAAUUCCGUACUGGGAUUGCAGGUUGGAUGAAGCAAUGAACAAUCCAGCAAAGUCCACGCUGUUUUCAGCUCGUUUUGCAGGAACUGGUGUAGGCGAGGUCGAUAAAGGUCCAUUUAAAGACUGGAACCAUGCUUCAUUUGGUAAACUAAAGCGAGACACUAAUAAUGGUGGGGAGCUCAUGAGUUACGAUGACGUGGAAAAUAUCCUUUCGAGAAAUUAUACUUCCGAGAUAACCAUCCCAACAGCGGAACUUAAGUACAACCUGGAGGUACUUCAUGGAAACAUACACAGUUUUGUUAGCGGACAUUUGGGAGAACUCACCUCCGCAGCACAUGAUCCUUUAUUCUACAUGCUUCAUGCUUUUAUUGAUUACAUCUGGUGGAUGUUCAGGAAAAAGCAAGAGGCCAAUGGGAUCGAUCCCUCCGAAGACUAUCCAGAAACAACAAUUAAGAAACAUCAUCCAGAUCAGACAAUGAAUGGGUUUAGUAUGUACAAAAAUAUCGAUGGGUAUUCUAGCAACUGGACAAGGGACAUUUACACCUAUGAUAUGAGCCCUACAUGUUCCAAAAACAAAUCUUCACAUUGCAAUUCAAAAUGGCUGAUAUGUGACCAUGAUACAGGCAGAUGUGUAUCAAAAGCACGUAGAAGAAACUACCGAUCACUAGCGCAGAGGUUUGGUGCAUUUAUGUCAUCCACGCCGGAAACGUGUCAGACGGAGGACACUGUUGAAGAUGGCUGCUUUAAGCUUGAUACAACUAUUCAAAACACAUUUGUCGUUGACGGCUCCGCUGAUUCCAGCAAAUGGGUUUAUCUUCCAAUUAAAAUUAUCAAUGAAAGGAAAAUGGCAGAAAUAUUCAGGUCGUUCGGAGUUGAAAACGGUGAAGCCAAUGAGACUUUGGACAUUUAUGAUUCGAAACAGUAUGAUGAACUGAAACGAAAUGAAGAUGAUGGUAAGAUGGGUACCUAUCGGAAGUGCCAGCUCUCUGGCUCUGGCGCCACCAAAAUAUUCGUAAAUGUUUACGGGUUGAAUUACUAUGGCUUUUCCACGGAAUACACUAUAGUGGAUGAAAGAAUUGCAUUGUCGGCAGGGUACACUUACGUCCCCGUUAGGAAACCCACGGAUAAACCUUCAGAAGCGUUCAUCUCGGCGUACGACUCCUGUGGAAGACUCUGCAAGCCUUACUGUAGAGAGGAUGGGAUGUACAAACCAUGUACUGCCGCGAUUCGUAUGGGUAACUAUUCCAAUGGACAGUACGGGAAUACGUUUGCAGAUGCCCUCCUGAAUACAUGGAGCUUUGAUGGCGAUGGAGUCCCAGAGGUGAACGCUGCCAACGUGUACUUGGCGUUCUACUGUAACCGUAAGGAAACUUGGCCAUGGCAACAAUACAAUAAAUAAACACAAAACUUUCACACCAAAGAGUAUAUAAUAGUUAGGUGGUCUACCUGCUUUUUAGCGAAAAAUGUUUUUUUUUUCUUCUAUUUGUUGACAGCGAACUUUCCUGGAGGUCUGUCUCAAUUCGUAUAUAAAUGACAGACACGUCUGUCGCUUUAUGCAAAACUACUUAUGCUAUAGAUGCACAUAUUCAGAGCCAAAAGCUUUUUAUUUCGCAUCAGAAGUGUGAAAACCGUACUUUUUCUUCAUAAUGUGAAAAGGAUUUUAGAAUGUGUAGUCUAUAAACCAUCACUAUGAUAUAAUUAUGUAACAUGAUAAAUGGUAAAAGCCAGUAUUAGGUGAUGACGACCAGGGCCCAGUUGUUCAAAAGGUGAUUAGCUUAAUCAGUGAUUAGCGCAAAUUUUAAUCUUUAUGUAACUUCAAAACAAAACUACUGAAUUAGGUACAACUUUCCAGAUAUCAAAUGUGCGAUGUGUUUAAUGAUGGUUAAAGUCUGAUGUGAACACGUCCCUUUAAAGUGCACCAUUUGGGUGCUGAAAACAGAUUCAAUAAAUAUAUCCAUACACUACCAAAUAUAACAGUAUGCACACGAGCAGUUUACGUCAAAGUGUUUUGUCAAUAGUGUUCAAACGGGGCACAUUCAGAUUAACAUAAAACUAAAAUCUACAUAUGUCCGUUAAAACGUUUUACAUGUUUGACAUUCGAUGUCAAUUCGAACAAAUAGAAAGAUAAAUUGCAUAUCUGGGUGAUCAUUGUGAAAUGCAGUUUCUGUUGAAUAAUAAACAAAUCAACGGGUCUGUAUGGGGAUCUAAAUGUAAAUUAUCUUGCAUCAGAUGUUAACCGGAGCUAUUAAGAAAAGUUAAGUUACAAAGAAAACCUUACAGACCGAUCUAGCACAUUUCAAAACUGUUGUCAUCACCAUCAUUUGAAACAUUAAAUUUAAAAAUCGUCCAACUUGCCUUGGAACCAAUCGUAUUUAAAUACAUUAUUAACACAUAUAUUACUUUGUACUUAAAUGAUUAAAACAAAAUAAGAGACCGAAUUUGUUUACUUGUAACUAAAGGUAUCAACAUCGCGCGGCGAGAUAUCAGCGAUGAGAGCUACGUCAAAAAAGUUAGGAUUCCAAAAGCCAAAUCUACCAAAGGCAAUAUUAUAUAUAGAAUGUUUGGUAACCAAACUGAUAAGGUUGUAAUUUUGAAAGGAAUAAGUUAUUGAGUACAUGUAACAUAAUGCUUUAAAUUUAUGGGAAUAUCACUCUGUUUCUCUGAAAAAUAUUGACACAUGAAUGCUUUUUCUCUUUCUAGCUGUUAUAUGUUCUUUUUAAACACGUGUGUUUUCUGUGUAUGUAGUUGCCUUUCAUCUUCAUGAAGAUGGUUAGUAUACAACUCCUUUGUUUUCUGAUUGAGUAGUAGCCCCGUGCUCGUCCUCUCAUUGGAUUUUAUUUAUUGUUUGAUUAUGUUUUUAUUUGUUAGGAUUUAUGACAUUUUAGUUGUUGUGUUGUUUAUUAGUUUAUAAUUCAUGUAAGGUUUAAAACUAGCUGGAUGAGUCUUCCUUCUGAUGCUUGUAGAAAUAAAGUUUAUUUAAAAC